AUGGCGAUCGGGGCCAUUUUGGAACCACUCAUUGUGGUCAGUCUGUUGACAUUUGGUACCAUUGUCAACCGCAACAAGUCGGCCACUUUCUCUCCAUCACCAUACAGAUCAUCCAGGCCCGUGCCUUGGCAACAUCUCAAGUACGACAAGGACCCCGACUACGAUGAGCUGGAAUCGGGACGGCCCAGCACAGACGACGAAAAUGCCCUUUUGCGGUCACCAGUCAGCGAAUCCAGCAUCGGCUCCGACGGCACCUUGACCGACGAAUCGAACUCACCAUGGCGGAAGCGCCAGCUGAAGGUCUUCAAGUGGGAGCGUGAGGUCACAACGCCGAAUACUGCCAUCUUCAAGGACCGUUUCCUCAGUCGCGUGCUUCAGCGUCUUCCCUUUUUGGCCGAGGUCUGGUACUGGGCUCUUAUCUACUGGGUCUACCAGCUUGGAAGAGCUUUCACAGCCGUCACUCUGCAAGAGUCAACAGUCGACACCGCUCGCGAGCAUGCCCUCCAGGUUAUUCACAUGGAACAGCGACUGGGCAUUUUCAUUGAGCCUGCCGUGCAAGGUUGGUUUCUUCAGCGACCCGAGCUUAUGCGAUGGACGAACAAGACAUACUCUUUCAUCCACAUUCCGGGCACGAUCCUUUACCUGAUCGUCCUCUACUAUGUCACGACAGCCCGUCCCAGACAGAAGAUUCAGGAGGAGAACGGAGGUCGCCCGAUUAGUGGAAACUGGAGAAAGUUGGCCCCCCGAUUCGGACCUGAUACCUAUGAGAAGAGGAGGAGGACCAUGGCCUUCUGCAACCUGUUGGCCUUCAUCGUAUUUACUUUCUGGCCUUGCAUGCCACCGAGACUGCUCAGCGACCCAAACUACACUGGCGAGUUUGCCAAGGAGGCGAAAAGCUAUGGCUUUAUUGACACUGUCCACGGCGCCGAUGGUGACAGCAGUGUGUGGACCACCAACCGCUUCUGCAAUCAAUAUGGUGAGUUCCCAACGUGUUAUUCCUCUCGUCUACGCUCUGGAAAGCUUGGGUGGAAGAGACUGGCCAUUGUUGCCAUCGGCAUGAUCUAUCCUGGCAUUAUCCUGACUGCCAUUGUUGCUACCGCCAACCAUUUCAUCCUGGACGCCGUUGCCGGUGCUAUUGCCUGCCUUCUUGCCUGGAAGUUCAACGGCCUGCUCCUCAACCUCCUGCCAGUCGAGGACUACUUUUUGAGGGCUGUCAGGAUAGCCAAGCCUUGA